GCAGCCGCCACUCGAGGCCCUUCUCUCCCUUCAUCUGCCUAGCGAAGCCCUUUCCGGGCCCAUUAGGCCACCCGAGCACCCUUGCUCAGCUCCUCUGGAGCACCCGCCAGCAUGGCACACCUUGAUGCCGGCGCAUCGCCCGUCGAGCGCACACUGCGGCGCAAGACGAGCGCGCUGCGUCCGGCCGCCGGGCACGGCCUCGGCCUCGGCAGCGGCAGCGGCGCCGGGCUGUGGCUGAACGGCAGCGCCGAGGCGACCGACGACGAGCACAUGGUGGACCAGCAGCUGGGACUGCAGGAGCACACCUACCACAUCCCUGCCGAGCUGGCAGGCCGCGGCGGCAAGGGCAUGCCGACUGGGCUCGGCCUGAGCCUGGACGGCGAGGCCAUUGCGUCGGAGAUGCGUGCGGCCGUCUCGUCGGACGAGGUCGAUCUCGACCUCAGCUUUGACUUUGUGAGCAGCCUCGAGGGCCACCGGCGAUAUGUGUCGCACGACGGCGAGGCACCGCGAGCGGUGAGUGCAGCCAGCUCGCUGGCGCCGACGCCGCAGCGGCCCAGCAACCCGACGCCCUCGCGCGCCGGCGCACCGACGUCGUCGCUCGCCGGCACGCCCACGCACAUGCCAGGCAGUGGCAUGCACGAGCUCGGCGUGCCGAAUGUGCCGAGCCUCGUUGCGACCAGCGCCUCGCCGUCCCUCUCGCCUGCGUCGCCGCGGGGCAUGGCGACGGCAGCCAGCUGGACGACCCGCCAGCGCAAGCGUCCGCCGGCGCCGCUCAACUUCCUGCGCCCCGGCGCCGUGCCCGACGCGAAGAAGAAGCAGCGGGCACAGCUCGACGAGCUGAAUACGCGCAGCUACUUCAGCCCCGUGACGCCGCAGCACGGCGGCAACAUGACCGACGACGGCGACAUCGACAGCGACGACAGCCCGCUGCCGCGGACGCCGCUCAGCGCCACGCGCCGUGGUGUCGAUGCUGGCCUCAGCCGUCCGCCGCUGGUGCGCGCCUCGUCGUCGAAGUCCUCUCUGUCUCUCGCCUCUGGGCCGUCGCCUCACCUGCCGCCGACAGAGCCUCUGCCUGCCCUACCCUCGAACGCAGACGUUGCGCAACUGGUGCGCCAGCAGCGCAUGAAGGCGCAGGCGAAGCAGCUGCGCGGCGAGGGCAGCAGCGCGCACUCGCACUCGACCAGCGCGUCCUCGGGCAGCCACUAUGCGCUUGGUGUCGAGGUGCUCGAUGCGCCUGGUCCGAGCCAGAGCCGUGCAUCUUCCUUCGAUGCAGCCCGCAGCAGCAGCGAGGCGAUGGAGGAGGUGGCCGCUGAUGAGGACGACGAGUACGACUACCGGCGUCACCUCCGCCAUCAGCCCCAUCCUCGUUCAGCACCGCUCCGCCCUCCGACGGCCUCCUCUGCAGGUGCUGCGUCCUUCGCAACGGCUCAGGCGCCCGCUCGGGCUGCCAAGCGCGAGGGCGACCGCGACAGCAGCGGCAGUAUCGAGAGCUUCAUGACUGCCAUCACAGCAGCCACCGGCGAGGCACACGACUCUGCACUGGCAGAGGUCCCGCCUCCGCUGCCGUCGAGCAACGCAUUGUGUCUCUCUCUGGGCGCCUCCGACCGCUCUCUCCCGCAGCCGCAGCCACAUCGCCGUGAGGACCUGCGCGCCUCGCGAGCCUCGAGCGGCAUCCUGCUUGCGGACGACUUUGCUGCGUACGCGGCGCUGCAGCGAACGGAGCGUGCGAAGUCUGCCAGUGCAUCGCCGUUACUCUCUGACUCUGGCGACACGAGCGCCACGCCGUCGACUCUCUUUUCGCCUCUCUUCUCUGAGCCCGGCACGGCUCGAACUGGCGCUGCAGGCUCCGAGUACACGCACACCACGGCCAGCUCUGUGGGAUCGCCGGUCGGCAACUUCUCGAAGCUCUUCAGCGUCGCCACGAAGGGACGCCGUGCCUCUGCUGCCGAUGCACUUCUCGCCGCGCCCAACUCUGCCUCGAUGGGCCGUCUCAUGAGCGCUCCCGGCGAGGGCCAGGCCGGUGUCUCGCAGCAGACCAUCCGCGAAGAGGCCACCGGCUCGCCGUCCGAGGAAGGCGUGCACGAGCGUCGGCGCGAGCGCACGGUCAGCGGCAUGCCGCGCAGCGAGACUGCCCAGUGGAUCCGUUCGCAGGGCGGCGUCGCGGCUGACGAUGCCGACUCAGACGAGCCGGUGCACGAGCCGAUGGUCAUCUCAAGCGACAGCACCGACGCUGCCGACGAGCUGUUCCGACCGCGCACCUCGUUCGCCGCCUCCGAGGGCGCCGGGUCCAUGCUGCACUACAACGGGGCACGCCGCAUGAGCGAUGUCAAGGGUCCGUGGCCGCAGUCGCCUCUGCUCCUCGACGUGGCGAAGGCCUCAAGCAGCCCUGCUGCCCCAAUCUCGGCAGCUGACGCCUACGCACGCGCGAUCGAGGGCGGCAUGCACGCUCAGGCGUCUGGACUCAACCUACACGAGGCGCUCGUUGAUCCCAUCGUGCGGGAGAGCGAGCCAAGCUUCGCUUCGAACUUGGGCAUCGGUCUUGGGCUCGAUCUGGGAGCACCGGCCGUCGUUGAGAAGGAAGACUCGUCCUUGCCGACGAUGGGCCUCAAUGCUCGCCACGAGACUGACGUGACUGUAGCGCGCGUGCACCUCACCGACGCACGACAAGCGCUUGCCGACACGGCUGCUGGCAUGUCCAAGCCGCUCGCAUCGGCAGCCGUAUCGGAUAGACUUCCUCUCAAGCCCUCGGCGAGCUUCUCGUCGAGCAUCGAGGGCUUUGCCUGCAACGUCACGCCGCCGAUCGCCAGCAUGCCCCUGCCUGGCAUGGUCGAGGAUGUGUCCAUCGAGCUGCAGGCGCCCGUGCGUGCAAAGGUGGCCAUUGCGGCUGGCGAGACGCAGCGCAACUCGACGCUCUCUGUCCUCGACCCUGCGGCAACGAGCGACCUCUCUCGGCCUAGCAGCAAGGCACACAACUCCACCACAACCGGCUGGGGCGCCCUGUCGAACCUGCGCUGGGGCAACAAGUUCUUCAGCGUCGCCAGCAGCAGUGCCGUUUCCGGCUCGGACGCGCUUGCCGACUCGCGCCCGACGCCGAUGCGCUCCCUCACGCUCGUCGACAAGCGUGACGUGCAGUCGCGCCGUGCGGCUGCCAUUGCUGAGCGCCGCACCAGCCAAGGUCAUCGCCGCUCCCGCUCGCGCGAGGACCUCGCUAGCAUUGUCCAGCAGCUCAAGAAGUCGGACCGCGGUGUCGCAUCGGCGCCAGCUUCGGCAGUCCUGCCCGACGCUGCCACCUUCCAGGCGGCAGACGAGCCGACCACGACCAUGCCGGAGGCGGCGCACACGGAAGGCCGCAGCUCCAAGCGUGUCAAGCGCCGCUCGCGCAUCCGCUAUCUGUCGAACGGCAACGAGAUCCACCUCAACAUCGGCGAGGACGCAGAGCCCAAUGCGCAGCCGGCUCCCCUGGACGAGCUCAAGUCGCCGCGCGUGGCAGCGAGCCCCACGGGCUGGACUCCGCGCCUGCACUUCGGCCCCUUCUGGGCCGCUGGCGGAUCCCAGCAGACGACAGAGGGCGAGAUGCCGGCGCAGGACCAAGGCAUGCAGCAGGCCGGCUCACCUGCCACGCCUGGCUCUCCGUGGCUCGACUUCGAGGACGGAGACGGCGGCAUGCAGGCGAGCCGCGACCGUCUGCGGCUGCUUGCAAGCCAGGCCAUGCCUGGCGCCACUCUGCCGCAUCAGUACCUCACCGGCGAGGCCGAGGGCCUGCGCCACCGCAGCAUCCUCUCGCGCCCUGCGCAUCGCCCGUGCGCGUCGGUGCCGCCGACUGCCACCAUCGUGCCGUACGGCUGGGCCUCCGGAGCCAACAAGCGUGCCAGCGGCUCCGCCCGCGUCCUGCUGCACGACGCCGAGACGUGGGAGGAGGGCGUCAUCGAUGUCGAGGAGAGACGCGCCCGCGGCGUUGCUCAGGAGCAGGCUCAAGGCCGGCCGAUGAGCAUCUUCGUGCCGACGUCUGCCAUCGAGGCGCACCUGCUGCGCGCUGCUGGCGUCAGCACCAACCUCGACGCACGGCGGGAGCAGCGGCGCUCGCGCAUGCUGGCUCCGCUGCGCCACCCCGCUGCCGUCUUUGGCGAGACGCUGCCGUCGCGCAGCCUGUUCUUUGCCGGCUUCCUCGGCAUGCCGUGGCUGUGGCUCAUCGGCGGCUGGUACGUCGGCAGCGACGGCCUGCUCAUCACGCCGAGCGAAGCAUGCCGCAGCCGCAACACUCGCCGCAGUGGAGCGAGUCCAACCGCCAGGACAGCACGGCCUUCGAGUCCGCGCACGAUGUCUCGCUCGGCAACGGCUCGCGCGGUCUGCGCCGGGAGCAGAGCAGCUCGUCGAUGUACGCCGACGCGGCCUUCAACGCCGUGCGCAGCUCGCACCUGCGCUCGCAGCCCUCGCGCGACGCCAUCACCGCCGAGCGUGUGCCGACCUCGCGCUCGCGGUCCAUCAGCGGCAUGCUUUCUUCCGCACCCGAGGUGGCACUCUUCCGCUCGCCUGUCCGCCACAUCGACGAGUCGCCUGACCCGGGCGCCGAAUUCAACUCGCCGCGCCUCGGCAAUGGCCACCACGGCAGCGCCUCGGCGCUCCGCGCCGUGCUCGAGGAGGCUACCGCGCCGCGCCCGGCCUCGUACAGCCCGCAGAUGGACGUGCACGACGAGAAGCACGCCCAGCAGUACGAGGGUACGCACCAGCAGACCACCCUCGCGGACGAUUCGUGGGCCAUUCCCUUCGCGCACCAGCGCAUGGCGACGGCGACGCGCACCGAGUUCGGCCUGCGUGCCAUGCUGCGCCGCUGGCGCCAGCUUGAGCCGUUCGUGCUGUACAACCGCAUCGCCGCAAUCCUGGCCAGCAUCCUCGUGCUGUGGGGCAUGGGUGCCGCGCUUGCCGUCGUCGGCUCGAGUUUUUGAGACGCCUGCUUCCGGUGCUCCGCAUACUCAAGUCAGGCUACAUGCGGCGGCGCGGACGCGCCACUGGCGCCUCUUCUUCCCUCGACGGAGCGUGGCGGCGAGCGCUGCGCCCGACGCCGCUGCUGCCGCCUCGUGCCUCUCCCGUCUCCUCUUCCUCAGCCUGGCAACACCCCUACGCCCGCUUCCUCACUGCCCGCGCUUCGCAUUCUUCUCCCGCCGGCGCCUCGCCCGCUGCCGUGCCCCACACACUCGCUUCGCUCCUGCUUGACCACCUCGGUCCCACACUCCCUUCUGCCCUCUCGGCUCCGAUGUCACCGGUCUGGCGCGUCCUUAUCCUUGCCGUGCAAGAGUCUUAAUUCAAGCGCGUAUGUGUCAGUAGGGCGUAUGCCGCGAGUGCUGCUUGCUUGCUUUCCGCGAUGCGCCGCCGGCAGCUGGCGAGCUGUCGAACGAGCCGGCAAAGCUGCCAGCCGGCAGCGGCGAAGAGGACUCGUCUGCCGUCCCUGCGGCGGCGGCGGUCAUGUCCCAUGCACACAGCAGGCCGUCCUCGCCUCCGGUGUAGAGCGUGCGGCUCUGCAAGGCCUUGUGAGCACAUC